AUGGGACAACGAACGGCAACGACACAGACACCAGUAGUUUUGCUGCUGCCAAAUCAGAUUGUGUUCCUCCCUCAGACUCCAAGACUUGAGGAGUACGGAGAUAUCCCAGAUCCUGAAGCGGACCCGGAUUUCGGAGAUAUGAUGGACUGGUCUGAGAGACGGCGCCGUUCAUUAGCAUUAAGUCGUCGAAAUAAUCUCAACAAACGUUGGCCGUGCCUCACCUGUGCCAUCAAGGCAGUUGGUAACUUCAUUGCUCAUCCGGUGGAUACACUUGUAGCCUUGAAAGAUGAGAUCCAACAAGCUACAUCAAUCUCUGGAUCUGUGAACAAAGAUCUCACAUUCAAGGUCCCUGACCCCGCCAAUGUCGAAGCGAGCCGACUGCAGGACCCUAACGCCAAGCAAGUCACAUCUCCAUGGGGCGACUCUAUCCUACUGAAAUCAUUUGGCACUCAGCCUGAGUCCGAGGGCGGUGACUCCAAGAAACGUGACGAGAAAGAAAAGGCUUUGAGUGGCUACAUGAAUGUUUUUUGCGUUGGAUGCGGCGUCUCAGGUCAUGCCAGUGUCGCCGGACGUGCUUCUUGGACACCUCUCGGAGGGUUUAUCGAGGGCCAAGUCGAGAUGCGAGCUGAUGUCCAAUUCGUGUUCAAACUCGGAAUUGAUGCGCAGAUGACUUAUUCCAAAGAGUUCAACAAUAAUCUGCUCCGCCUUGGACUCCCUGGUCUAACAUACGGCGUCGUUACUAUUGGGCCGUGGGUCGAGGUUGGCUCGACAGUCAAGCUCGAUGCCGAGGCAAAGGGCCGGUUGCUAGCUGGUGCAGAAAUGGGUUUACAGAAUGCACAUGUUUUGAUCGAUUUUAUCAACCCAAGCAAAUCAACCAAAGAUGGAUGGGAGCCAUAUUUCAAGCCAGUCUUUGAAGCUGAUGGCGAGUUGAUGCUUUCUGCGUCUCUUGGUCUGCCGUUCGGGCUGAAGUGCGGAUUGCAAGUUGCAAGCUUCAGCAAGAGUGUCGGUCUCGUUGAUGAGCCGUCAAUAAAAGGGAUCGCCCAAGUAGCAGCAUCGAUUGGUCUAGCUUCUAGUGGUGGGUUCGUUGCCGGCUUCAAAGACAGCAAUGACUGCACGGGUAUCAGCACUCAGAUCAGCUGGAGGAACAAACUCUACGUUGAUGUGCUCGGGCUCACGCAGCUCAGUCUGCUUGACACAGAUGACAAGCCUCUCGCACAGGGGUGCAUUGCACUUCCUGGUCUACCGUCUCCUUUACCAAGCAAGUCCACGGAUGCGACCACUUCAGCCCCCACUCCGACAGGAAUUGAAGAAUCUGAUAGCGAAUCCUCGCAAACGCCAACUGUGGGAGAUGACUCGCAGCCAUCAGAGACAGAGUCUCCUAAUGUAGAGCCUACUACAACCCCAAGCAAUGACGACGAAUCGGAUCCUAUCUCAGGCACAGACUCUGAUAUUUCUGCCGAUGACAACUCUGAUGCUCCAACAGACCAAGACGGCUCUGGAGAUGGAGACGACUCUGGCGCCGUGCCUGAGGAUGUGUCUUCAGAAGAUUCGUCUCAUGAUGUAGUUAAACGCCACUCUCUUGUCUCUCGUGGUACGAAUAGCACCAACAGUACGGUUCGCGACAUCACCAGCAAAGUAAAGUCCAAUAUCACAACUCUUUCCUACGAGACAACCUCGCUUCCUGACCAUCCUUAUAACGACACAGCCGGAUACGAAUACAACUUACUUACCGUUCCUGACGGGUCCAUUAUAUUCAUCUCUUGUGGAAAUGGCGCCAUUUAUGCAGUCUCACCUGAUGGCCCAGACAAUCCAUCUUGUACUCCCAACUGGGAGACAUACAAUGAUGUUAUCGUCGCUGAUGGUGCAGACCGAAUAAUGCACUACUACUCCCACACUAUGGAAGCUGUGGGUGUAUCACGCCUCCGUGUCAGCAACCAACAGUCUGUGCCAGAGAAGGGAACCAUUGUAGCCUUCAUCGCAGACGACAGCGAUGAGGAUACUAGUGAGGAUGGUGGAUACUUUGCUGCUCUUGACCCUGACAUGAAUGUAUUCUAUCCCGUUCUGUGUACAUACAGCGAUGGUAAUCCGGCAAGGAUGUUCCUGGCAGCGGAUCCGGAGAAAGGUCCUGAGAUACUCCAAAGUGAGGAUCUUGAGUACAGUAUAACAGGUGGCAAAGUUGAUAAGUGUUACACGAUGCCGUUAUUGAUGGGCCAGUGGGCAGACGAUAGUGAAGGGUACACCAGCUACAAUGAUUCGCCCAGUGACGAUGACGAUCUGGAUUAUGAUUGGGAUGGAUAUGACUGGGAUCAAGAAUGA